AUGCGUCUUCUUCCCGCGUUGUCAGCCCUGGUCGCGUGCCAUGUUGGCUUUGGCUGGGCCGAAUUGCACCAUGAGAAGAUUCAACGGUCGUUGGAGGCCAGGACCUGGGCGCACGAGACACGCGACUUGACGGAUAUAUUUGGCAGCAUGAAGACCUGCGAUGGUUGCCAGAGCAUUCUUUCCGUUCUCAAAGGCCUGGUAAAGGAUGGAGACGAGACCCUUAUUAGCUUGGGGGGACGGCUUUGCAAGUCCGGGACUGACUAUGACGAGGAGUUCUGCAAGGGAGUCGUCGAGCGUGAAGCCCCAUCGAUUGCAUCCAUCAUCAGAACCAUGGAGGUUGGAUCUCCCUCUUCAACCCAAUUCUGCAUGAGUUUCCUGGGCGUUUGUUCAGCGCCAAAGAUUGCCACAUGGAAUGUCGAAUUCGCCUCCAAGAAACCUUGCUCCGUAACCAAGAACGAGAAGGUUAGCGGCAAGAAGCCCAUUCAAGUUAUUCACUACUCGGAUAUUCACAUCGAUCCUCUGUAUGAGAAGGGGUCCAGCACCAAUUGCAAGAAACCAACGUGCUGCCGAUCCUACACCAAAGAUGACGAACCCGGCAAGACCAAGAAUCCCGCUGGGGAAUUCGGAGACCACCACUGCGACACGCCGAUCACCUUGGAAAAGAGCAUGUACAGCUUCAUCAAGAAGGAGUUUCCCAAUGCUGCCUUCUCCCUGUUCACGGGUGACAUUGUCGAUCAUGGCCUUUGGAAUACCAGCAAGCCUUACAACGAGGACCUCAUCGAACAUUCCUACGAAAUGAUGACUGAUAAUCUAAAUCUUGUCUACGGCACUGCUGGUAACCACGAGGCUCACCCACCCAACAUCUUCGAGCCCAAGUCUGUCGGAAACGACACCCAAUGGGUGUAUGACACUCUCUCCAAGGAGUGGUCUCGCUGGAUUGGGAACUCGUCCUUGGAAGAGGCCAAGGCUGUCGGUGCAUAUUCUACCAAGUACCCCAAGGGCAAUCUUCGCGUCAUUUCCCUCAACACCAACAUGUAUUACAGACUGAACUUCAUCCUCUACCAGAAGGAGCUUGAGAAAGAUCCAAAUGGUCAGAUUGCCUGGCUGGCCAAGGAACUUGACGCAGCCGAGAAGGCUAAUGAAAAUGUCUACAUUAUUGGCCAUAUGCCUCUAGGCGAAGCCGAUGCGUUGCCCGACGGCUCCAACUACUUCGACCAGGUUGUCAACCGCUACUCUAACACAAUCAAGGCCAUGUUCUUUGGCCAUACGCAUCUUGACCAUUUCGAAAUUAGCUACUCUAACUACAAAGAGCGCACUCACAACAACGCCGUCGCCAUUUCGUACAUUUGCCCCUCGCUUACUCCCACGUCCGGCAUGCCUUCCUUCAGAGUCUACGAUGUAGACCCAGACACUUUCGCAGUUCUCGACGCCAAGACCUUCCUCGCCGACAUGAAUGACAAGAACUUCCAAACCAAUGGCCCGACAUGGAAGCAGUACUACUCCGCCAAAGAGGUCUACGGCGACAUCAUCUCUCCCCGCAUGACAGACGCCAAGGCCGAGCUCUCUCCUUCGUUCUGGCACAACGUUACUGUCGCCUUUGAGAAGAACCAGACCUCCUUCGACGCCUACAUGGCCCGCAAGUCUCGUGGCUGGAAGGCCGACAAGCAGUGCGCUGAGAAGUGCCGAGAGACUGAGAUUUGCGGACUACGAGCUGGCCGUGCGCAAGACAACUGCUGGGUUCCCACUCCUGGAGUCCACUUCUCUAAGCGUGACGAGUUGGAGCAUAACCACAACAAGCAUGACGAGUGUGGUACUUCUGUGUCCAGGGAUAUUCUAAGCUCGCUCGCCAGAAGGGUUGACUUGUUGGAGAUUGUGCAGGAACGCUUCUUGGCGGAGAAAGCCACAAUUCCGCCCAUUAUUGUGAGGCGAGAGGAGCCUUCUUCGUCUGCUUCCCCAAGUCCUACUCAGACGGAGGAUACCUGCGUGUCGGAAACACUGAACCCUACUGGUUCGGGAACUACGACUGGUGGUACGACCGUUCCUACGACCAAGGGGAAUGCUGCUGGUGGAUUGGGACCAAUGGCCCUCUGGGCUAUGGGUGCCUUUGCAUUGUUGGCUUUGUAA